UUUUGUGGGCGGGGUAAAAAUCGGGACGAUAACGGACGGGUUCCCGUAAAAGGGGCGUAGAGGCAAGGCAAGAACAGAACAGAACAGACAGACAGACGGAGGAUUGGGAAUGAAGUAGUAGUGAGAAUUGGAAUUUGAAUUUAGAGAUGUCGUCGAAUUGCGAGAACAUGAAUUCCAAUUCCAGUUCCGUCGAUCCAGACUCUUACGCCCUGGAGAAGUUCAAACUGUACGAAACCAGAGCUAGGUUUUACCUGAUCGGAAGUGAUCGGAACAAGAGGUUCUUCCGUGUUCUCAAAAUCGAUCGUUCAGAACCCUCCGAUCUCAAUCUCAGCCAAGACCCUGUCCUCUAUUCCCCCCAAGAAAUCAAGAGCUUGCUUCAGCGUAUUGCUGAGGGUAACAAGGCCACUGGCGGUCUCUCUUUCGUCGCCAAGGUGUUCGGGAUAGCCGGCUGCAUCAAGUUCCUCGAGUCCUACUACUUGAUUCUUGUUACUAAGCGCAAACAAAUUGGUUCUGUAUGCGGUCAUGCAAUCUAUAGCAUCAAGGAGAGCCAAUUCAUAACCAUUCCACAUGUUUCCAUUCAAUCUGAUUUAGCUCACUCUAAAACUGAGCUCAGGUACAAAAAGCUUUUGUCCAGUGUUGACUUGACCAAGGAUUUUUUCUUCAGUUACACUUACCCUAUAAUGCAAAGUUUGCAAAACAACGUCUUGUCCAAUCAACAACCAGGGAUGCCCUAUGAUAAUAUUUUUGUUUGGAAUGCCUAUUUAACCCAACCAAUCAGAUCAAGAUGCAAUAACACCAUUUGGACCAUAGCUUUAGUUCAUGGUCAUUUUAGGCAGAUUCGCCUAUCAAUUUUUGGUAGGGACUUCAGUGUUUCCUUGAUUUCUAGACGAUCUAGACAUUUUGCAGGGACACGUUACUUAAAAAGGGGAGUGAAUGAUCGUGGCAGGGUUGCUAACGAUGUUGAGACAGAGCAGAUUGUUCUUGAUGAAGAAGCUGGCUCUUGCAAGGGCAAAAUGAGUUCAGUUGUGCAAAUGCGGGGAUCAAUACCGCUUUUCUGGUCACAGGAAGCAUCGAGAUUUAGCCCUAAGCCUGACAUAAUUUUGCAGAGGUAUGAUCCAACAUACCAGGCAACUAAAUUGCAUUUUGAAGAUCUUGCUAUGAGAUAUGGAAAUCCAAUUAUUGUUCUUAAUUUGAUUAAGACAGUUGAGAAGCGACCUCGAGAAAUGAUGCUAAGGCGUGAAUUUGCAAAUGCUGUUGGGUAUUUAAACCAAAUUCUACCGGUAGAGCACCAUCUUAGAUUUAUUCACUGGGACUUUCACAAGUUUGCAAAAAGCAAGUCUGCCAAUGUUCUGGCUGUUUUAGGAGCCGUAGCAAGUGAAGCGCUUGAUUUAACAGGUUUUUACUACAGUGGCAAACCCAGCAUAAUAAAGAGGGCCAACAAGAGCAAUCAAACAAGCACAGGAAGGGAAACUUCGCUGAGAGAUCUGAGAGCUAGUUCUGGGGAUCUUGCAAGGAUUGGAAGCAAUAGUGAAAUUCUAAAUUCUAUGGUUAAACGAGACCGAGAGACUGACAUGAACCAUGAGAACAAAAAAGAUAAUUUUAGUAGUGAAGCUCCACAUUUUCAGAGUGGAGUUCUUCGUACUAACUGCAUCGAUUGCUUGGACCGUACAAAUGUCGCCCAGUAUGCUUACGGUCUACAAGCUUUAGGGCGACAGCUCCAUGCAAUGGGUUUGACUGAUGUGCCGAAAGUGGAUCCUGAUAGUAGUAUUGCUGCAGCUCUAAUGGAUAUGUAUCAAAGUAUGGGAGAUGCUCUUGCCCAGCAGUAUGGUGGUUCUGCAGCUCACAACACUGUGUUUCCAGAGAGGCAGGGAAAGUGGAAAGCAACAACACAAUCAAGAGAGUUCUUGAAAUCCAUAAAACGAUACUAUAGCAAUGCUUACACGGAUGGUGAAAAACAAGAUGCAAUAAACCUAUUUUUAGGAUACUUCCAACCACAGGAAGGGAAACCUGCUCUCUGGGAGCUUGAUUCAGAUUAUUAUCUCCAUGUAUCGGGGAUUGGGGAUGAUUUAAUCCCUGAGAAGUGUUCUGAACCAAAUCUUAAGCCUUCUGGGAGAGUUGGAAUAGUCUUCACCCCUGUACCGGCUUGUAGAGAUGACUUUUCGCGCAUAAAGUUGACAUCGUUUGACAAGUUAAUUGAGAAGACCUGUAGUACAAUUAAGAAUGUAAGACUUUGCAGUGAGCUUGAUCAGAAACCAGGUGGUGGUUCUGGAAACAGUGGUGUAGCACCUGAUGCAGCUGAGAUACAGCUUAAAAGCCCAAAUUGGCUUUUUGGCCAAAGAAAGUAUGAAGAAGGUUCCUCUACUGCAAAAGUUGCUUCUCGUGAAACUGAAAUUGAAGGAUCUCAUGCUAAUGGCUUUUGCAACUUGAAUUGGCUUUCCUCUGGUAAUGACAUGAAUGAAGAGGAUGUUUUCCAAAGGUACUUUACAAUGACCUCAGUAGACGAGGCCAACGGUUGGUAUGGAGGUACUCUCCUUGGUGAUCAAGAUGAAAGCAGUGAGAUAUAUAAACAUUAUGCUGAGUUAUGUCAGGGACCUGCCUUGGAACUUUUCCAAAAUGAUCCCGAGAGGGAGCAACACUACGCGGAUGCUCUAAUGAGUUCCUCUGAGAUUGUUAAUGAUGCUGCAAUUGCAGCUGAAAUGGAAGCCACUCUAAAGGAGUAUGACCAAGUUGGUGCCGACCUUGGGAUAAUUCCCUCAUCUUGUAAAUUCUUUGCUGAUGACCCAAGUUGGUUAACAAGAUGGUUAAUUGGGGAAGAAAAGGUACCAAGGAUAUCUUGAGUCAUAGUUUUGGCAUGUAUUAUGAAACGCUUAAUUCUUGUUCUAUUUCAACUCUUUUUUAUUGUCAGUUUUCUUAUCAAGUUAAAUUCUACAUAUUCAAAUUACCACUUUCAGGUUGAGCUGUAGGCAUGAACUAAUAAAGAAACAGGCUCAAAAUCAGGGUUGGAUUUUAUUCUCUGUUUUUUUCUAAGAAAAAAACGUGAAGAAAACAAAAUUACUGUC